AUGUUGUCAAAGGUUUUCACAUUAGUAGCACUUCUGGGAGCAGCAAGUGCUCAAUAUUAUUCUCACGGACAAGCCACCUCAUCCCAGUCCAUCAUUCGUCAUGAUAACCAAAACGGAUACAAUCACGCCACUAUCGCCAUCCAUUCAGCUCCAAUCUCAUACCGUCAACCUGCUAUAGCUAUUCACGCUGCGCCAGUCUCUAGUCACGUCAGUGUUCAACAUGCUGCUCCAAUCAUUCAACAUGCUGCUCCAAUCAUUCAACACGUCGCUCCCAUAAGACACGUAGCUCCCAUUGCUCAUGUAGCUCCCGUGGCUUAUCAUGCGGUACCCGUUCAUGCUCAGGAACACCAAGAACAUUAUUCCCACCCCCAGUACGAGUUUGAGUACAGCGUAGCCGACACUCAUACCGGUGAUAUCAAAUCUCAACACGAAGCUCGUGACGGUGACCACGUGACCGGCUCCUACAGUCUUCAUCAACCUGAUGGUUCAAUACGUACCGUACACUACAGCGCGGAUGCACACAGCGGAUUCAACGCUCAAGUAGAAAAUUCCGGUCCCUCAACACAUGUCCAGCCUCAACCUCACUUAGCACCUGUUCAUGUUCUUUCCCACCACUAA